UGAAGAGACUCGCAGAAGCAGCUGACCUGAGCUCAGAACUACGCAGAGACAGAGACAGAGACAGAGACAGAGACAGAGACAUGGCCUCUCGCAUUGCAGUCCUCGUCCUGCUGGGUGUCAUCUGUGUUGGGUUUGCAGCAGCUGAGAUUCCUGUGGACUGCUGUCUGACCAUCUCUGAGAAGCCCAUGCCACUCCAAAUCAUUGUUAGCUACAACAUUCAGGAUGCAGGAAACGGCUGUGAGAUUGAUGCUACUGCAUUCUUUACAAAGAACAAAAGGACACUGUGCGUCUCCCACCCCAAACAUAAGGCAUGGGUGAGAGGUCACAUCGAGUAUCUGAAAGACAAAAAACUGAAAUCUCAAUAAAGGUGUAGCGAGGAGUGGUGAAACUGAAGAUCAAGAAGGACUGACUCUAAACUUAGAUGUCAGAAUCGUUUUCAGAAUGGCCACAUCGUGCUGAAGAAGAUCAACGCCGUUCGAAACGAUCAGAGCUGUGAGAUCAAUGAGGAAUCAACGCUUCAUAUGCUGUAUGAUGAUGAAACAGAAGUUAAAUGUACAGUUUUGUAUAUGUUUUCUCAUGCAUAGUUAAGCGUGAGUUUUGUGAACGGCUUUUUUUCUUUUUCCUGCUUUGUAUUCUGAGUAAAAUAGAAAGAUUCGCCUUGACUUGCCGAAAGGGGCGAACCGUGGAACUAACAGUGACACCCUGCUGUCUUUGUUGUUUUCAUAAUAAGACUGUAAAAAAAAGUCAAUGUUUGAUGAUGUGUUUAUAUUUUGUGGCCAUGUUCUACAAUUUCAGUGAAUUUACAGAAAACUUGUACAAAAUGUUGAGAUAAUUUGUGUACAAAACUAUAAGUGAGAGUUUUUCCAGAAUAAAGUUUUAUUCUAUUUUGUAA